UUGGGGCUGGAUCCAGCAGCUGGGGGGAGGCUUCUGGCAGCCCCUAGGGUAGCAAGGGGAGGAGAUCUCGCUCCUCAACCUGCUACCCCCCCCCACUUGCCUACCUUUAUUACCCCUACACCUCUCCUUUGGCCUGAGCACACUGUAUAACGUCACCACCCACGUGGCCUGGCCAGGAGUAGGGCUGGGAGUCCCCCUUCUAUGCGCAUCCGGUUUCUUGUCUUGCCACUGCUAUUUGUGCGUAUGACUCGCCCGCGCAUGCGCUUCUUGUCCUCCCGUGGUUCCCCCCCCCCCUCCUUACGCAUGCGUCUCGUUCCUUUCCCACUCUCCACCGGUCCACAUGCGCGCUCGCCCCGGCUCUUGCAUUCACCUGCGCAUGCGUCCCUUGUCUUCCCUGUGUCCGUUUCCUAUGCAUGCACCUCCCUCCCUUUCCAGCCGCCUUCGUCGUCCUUGUGCGCAUGCGUCCUUCUCGCCCUUGUAUUCCCCUCCGCGCAUGCGUCUCCUGGCUCGCCCUUUGCCAUUCUCCUGCGCACGCGCUGCCUCGUCACGUGAUGUGAGGGAGGCAACGUCGUGACGCAAGCCCCUUUGCGCGCGCCGGAGAGCGGGAGGCGGAUUCGGUCGUGUCCGCCGAUCCCCCCCCCCGCCCGCGGAGCAGGUGGUAGCACCCGCCCGGGCAGCGGGGCGGUGUCCGGGUGGGACCAUGGCGGCGGCGGCGGGGGGGCUGGGUGAGACCAAGGUAAUCUACCACCUGGACGAGGAGGAGACGCCCUACCUGGUGAAGAUCGCCGUGCCCGCCGAGCGCAUCACGCUGGGCCACGUUAAGGCCGCGCUCAACCGGCCUGGGGCCAAGUACUUCUUCAAGAGCAUGGACCAGGACUUCGGGGUUGUCAAGGAGGAGAUCUCGGAUGACAACGCCAGGCUGCCCUGCUUCAACGGGAGGGUCGUUUCUUGGCUGGUGUCGUCGGAGACACCCCAGGCCGAGCCGGCGCCAGUGCCUGCAGAGCCACGGCCAGACCCGUCCCCACCACCGCCCCCCCUGCCCCCUCUGCCAGUGGAACGGACCAGUGGCAUCGGGGACUCCCGGCCCCCCUCUUUCCACCCCAAUGUGUCUUGUAGCCGGGAGAACCUGGACCACGAGACGGAGACAGAGUCGGUGGUCUCCCUGCGGCGGGACCGGCCACGGCGCCGGGAGAGCACGGAGCAUGGGGGCGGGCACCGGCUGAAUGGGCAGUCACGGCUGGAGCGGCACCUGGCUGGGUACGAGAGCUCCUCCACCCUCCUAACCAGCGAGAUUGAGACCACCAGCCUCUGCGACUCAGACGAUGAUGCCAUGAGCAGGUGCGGGGGUGGGGCCCAGAUGUCUGAGUUCUUUGGCCUGGCUUCUCUGGGUGGGGAGCAGGGUCUGGUGGUUGGGGGUGGUCUGGGAGUCUGGACACCUGGGUUCUCUGGGAAGGGAGAGGGGUUGGGGGGCUGGGAGCUGGGACGCCUGGGUUUUCUGGGACGGGAGUGGGGUCUAGUGGUUAGAGUGGGAGGGGCUGGGGGCUGGACGCCUGGGUUCUCUGCAGCUCUGGAUGGGGAAUCAGGUCUAAGGGGUUCAUCGUCGUUCAGCAGCGUCACGGAUUCCACCAUGUCCCUCAACAUCAUCACAGUUACCCUCAACAUGGAGAAGUACAACUUUCUGGGCAUCUCCAUUGUGGGGCAGAGCAACGAGCGGGGGGACGGCGGCAUCUACAUCGGUUCUAUAAUGAAGGGUGGCGCAGUGGCAGCAGAUGGGCGCAUCGAGCCGGGAGACAUGCUGCUCCAGGUGAACGAUAUCAACUUCGAGAACAUGAGCAACGAUGACGCUGUCCGGGUCCUGAGAGAGAUCGUCCACAAGCCAGGCCCCAUCGUGCUGACGGUUGCCAAGUGCUGGGACCCGUCCCCCCAGGGCUACUUCACACUGCCCAGGAACGAGCCGAUCCAGCCCAUCGACCCGGCUGCCUGGGUCUCGCACUCAGCCGCGCUGACGGGGGCCUUUGCCACCUACCCCGGGAGCAGCUCCAUGAGCACCAUCACAUCGGGCAGCUCCGUGCCCGAGACUGAGCGCUUUGAGGAGCUGGCGCUGUCAGUGCACACAGACAUGGCAUCUGUCAUGAAGGCGAUGGCAGCGCCUGAGUCGGGGCUGGAGGUCCGGGACCGCAUGUGGCUCAAGAUCACCAUCCCCAAUGCCUUCCUGGGCUCCGAUGUGGUAGACUGGUUGUAUCACCACGUGGAGGGCUUCGGGGACCGGCGCGAGGCACGCAAGUAUGCUAGCGGCCUGCUCAAAGCUGGCCUCAUCCGCCACACGGUCAACAAGAUCACCUUCUCCGAGCAGUGCUACUAUGUCUUCGGGGACCUGCGGCGCUGCGACAGCUACCUGGCUAACUUGUCCCUGAAUGACAACGACGGGUCAAGCGGGGCUUCGGACCAAGACACGCUGGCGCCGCUGCCCCUGCCGGGGGCCAGCCGCCAGUCCUUCCACAUGGCCAUGGGCAACCCCAGUGAGUUCUUUGUGGAUGUAAUGUGA